AACAAGGGUCCUCCCACAAUAUGGAGACGAGAUACACAAUGGUAACCUGAGUGAGAAGAAAAGAUCAAAUAAAAAUGAAAAUACCGAAAAGAAAACUGUUCCUUUUGAUCAUCUUUGCAUAUGUGGCUUUUUCACUUUACGCUGCGUACAAUGUGUUCUUCAGCACUAAGGUGAUCUCCCGCGUGCACAGGGUGGUGAAGAAGGAGACAGGAGCUCCCUCCGGUGGGGUCAGAGAUGGCGGUGCUGCGGCUCCUUUUUUAGCAGAUGAGUGGAAUCCGUGGGAAGAUGAACAGGUGGAGUACAACUCAGCUCUGAUUAAAAAGAGAGAGGCCUUCAAACAGCACCUGAGCCGCAUUGAUAAAAACAAACCAAAAAGAUACAAAGUCCAGAUCUGGGGGAAAGCUGCCAUAGGGCUUUUUCUUUGGGAACAUAUUUUAGAGGGACCCCUCAACCCGACUGAUAAGGUGGCACAAUGGAGAGAGGGAGAGCUGCAGGCGGGAAAGAUCGACUUCAGUUUCUACACAGGUCCUGCUGUGGUCCAGGGUCACGUCCCUCUGGAUAUGAACAGCCUGGUUCUGGUUCUGAACGGCCGCGAGCAGCAGAAAGUCUCCUACUCCACACGCUGGCUGGAGCAUGUCCAAGCUCUGAUCCAGUCCCACACGGUGUCACAUGUGGCUGUGGUCCUGCUGGGCAAUGAGCACUGCAACAACGACUGGAUCGGCCCGUACUUGAAGAGAAACGGUGGGUUUGUGGAGCUUUUGUUCGUGGUGUACGACAGCCCCUGGAUCAACGACAGGGACGUCUUCCAGUGGCCUCUUGGUGUCGCCACAUACAGGCAGUUUCCUAUGAUAAGGCCUAAUGCCCAGCUGAUCACCUCCAACAGACCAUACCUCUGUAAUUUUCUAGGAACUGUUUACAAAAAUUCCUCCAGGGAAACUCUCAUUCAGGUGCUCAAACAACCUGGUCUGGAUAAAGAAUGCAUCACCACUGCCAGGGAGAAGUGGCUCCCUCAGGAGACCGCAGACAGUCUGAGAAGUUAUCAAACAGCCUUGGCUCAGAGCGAGCUCACUCUCUGUCCGGUCGGGAUCAACACAGAGUGCUACCGCAUCUACGAGGCCUGUUCGUACGGCUCGGUCCCCGUGGUGGAGGACAUUCUGACACCUGGAACCUGUGCGGCCGGGCCCAGCUCCCCUCUGCGUCUGCUCAAAGCUGCAGGAGCGCCCUUCAUCUUCAUCAGUGACUGGAAAGAACUGCCGGCCAUCUUGGAGAGGGAGCGAGGGAUGAGCCAGGAGCAGAGGGUGGACCGGAGGAGGAGGCUGCUGGAGUGGUACGCUGGCUUCCGUCAGCAAAUGAAAGAGAGGUUCACUGAGGUCAUCGAGGAGACAUUCUUCAGAAACGUCUGAUUGUGGUGCUUCAUGAACAAACCUUUAAAAGAUAAACAGGGGUCGAUGUUCCAUAUUUAAGUUAUUCUGUGGAUUGUGGAAAAACGUGACUUACUACUGGUGAAGUGGAUAUGAUUAUAUUCAGUGUAAUAUUCCUGUGCUGGUUAUUAUAAAACCAUGUAUGUCUGUAGUAAAGUUAUACAGCUGCUGUGAAUAGUCAUUAAAGAGCUGGGUGGAAUUAAAGUAUCUUCAUCAUCUUAAUGUUUACAACGGUUGAAUGUCCAGGUGUUUUAGAAUAACUACUGCCUUUGAAUUUCAAAUUGUUACUAACUCAGCUGUGUUUUUUAUCUCUGUUUGUAUGCACUUAAAUAGUGAUUUUAAGGAAGCACUACACAUGAGUUGUAGAAAAACCUUACUUUUGACCUUGUGUGAAAAUGGUGAAUAGACAUCAUGUUUUGUGAGCAGCUUGAAAAUGAAUGUUGUUGCUGUGGCAUGAUUUCUGAUCGAACAGAUUCUUCUUUGUUCUAUUUAUUUCCAUCCCGUGCUGCAUGAAUCUUUAUUUUUUUUUUUUUUUAAAAGUGCAAUAAAUAAACUGAAGUUUUGUCCUAAAGAGAAACCUGUGGA